AUGGCGCCAAAGAGAAAACCUGUUAUUUCCCAAAAACAAGAAACGCUCGUUUUAUCGAGUGAUGACGAAGAUGAAGAUGAUCAACCACAACAAGUAACAAAAACAAAUAAUGAAGAACAAGAGGCUAAGAAAAGAAAAAUAGCAGAGGAAGAUGAAGAAGAUUUUGAUAUUGAUUCCGAAGAUGAAGAUGAUGCUGAUGAGUUUGGAGAUGAAGAUGAAGAAGGUUUUGGAGAUGAUUCGAUUGGAAAACCAGUUUCUUUAUAUGUUUGCAGAUGGCCAAAUGGUGAUUUUUCAUUGGUUUCAGCCUAUAGUAAGGCGAAUGCAGCAGAGAUUCUUGAUGAAAUAUCUGAUCCUGGACAUGCAAUCAUUACUCCAUAUAAUGGACCACUGUUUUUUGAUUUUACCCACAAGAAACCUGUGUUUGAUAAUGUAGCGUAUGUAUUUAGCACUAAAACAGCAGAAUUUUCAAAGAAGGAAAGAAAUUCAUCACUCUUCAAACAUUUUGAGGAAUUGUACAAGAAAAAGAAGGAUUUUGAUAUUACAAUCAAAUUUAAAGAUACUUCAACUGGGAAGGAAGGCUCAUUGCCAGCUCACAAAAUGUUUCUUUCAAUUUUUUGUAACUAUUUCAAAAAGUAUUUCGAUAAGAGUCCAAAAAAGAAUCAAAUUGUGCUUGGAAGUUCAUUAUCUAUUACUGAAGCACAUGUAAAGAGUUUUUUAGAUUUAAUGUACACCAAUAGAUGCCCAGAGCAAUCACUCAUACAUUUUUAUAAGGUAGCCCAAAUAGCAACGAUAUUCGAAUGUGAUGCAGUUAUUUUCAGUGCUUGUAAUGAGAUGCUGAAUUCAAUAAGGUUUAGUUAUUCAGCAGCAGAUAUGGUCUCUAUUUUGAAUUCUAUACAUGAAUCCUCUUCUUGGAAUUUAUUAUUCAGAGCACUUUGUGAACGUGUUCACAAAGAAGUAGAACAAUUGAGGAAUGGUGGAUUAAAAAGUCAAAUUUGUGAAAUACUAUCCAACUGGAAAGGGUCUGAUAAUUAUAUUCAAUGGAGUGAGGAUAAGGAGGCGCUAUCUCAUAAUCAUUUCAAACUUUCCAAAUCCACCUACUCUCCUGAGGAUGCCUAUACAAUGUGGAAAACAUUGAAAGAAACUGUAUUUCCUUUGAGUCAUAAACUCAAAAAACCCGAACCUUUCAAGAAGGCAUUCAUUCAGGAGAUUAAUGAAUGUCAAAAUCAGAGUGAAGAGGCUCUUAAUCAACAUCCAGAACUAGCCGGUUUAAUGAAUAGAGCAGAUUUAACAAGCAUAGAUGUCAUUAAUUCUUGGAUGACUUUUAUGGGACGUCCAACUUUGUAA